GGCCAGUCAUUCACCACACAGGAAGUCAUUUUGGGUUACUGCAGUGGGCUGCCUAACUCCGACAAUCAGACUUUAAGCAGCCUGGGUGUUUUCUGUUUGUCUGAGCGAGGGAAAUAAAAACUGCAGACUAUCUAUUUCUGUAACCAAAUAGGCUUGCUGGACACCCACUGAUGCAGGUGUGCGCUUGUUGUUCAAGUCUUUGGAAAAGAUCAACAGACUGAGAAGCCCGGUGAGAACAGUCAGGGGCCACAAACAGCUCUGUUUUGUUGUGUAAUAAAACCUCAUUCUUCUACAUUUCCCCUUGUUAGCUACAGAGAGAGAGAGCGAACAGCCAUGAGGCUGCUGCUGUGAUAAUGGAUCGCAACAGGACAGGCAGGAACAGAAAUCAAAGUAACUAUAACAGCGUCGUGGAGCCUCAGUACGACGUGGUGGGUGACCCGGAGGAAGAGCCGCAUGUGCGCAUACUUCCUGCAAGGCCCAUACAUGAUGAGAGAGAGUAUGCAGACAGGGAUCUUCCAAGGUCAUCAUCAGCUCAGAGCCUUGUAUCACUCUCCACUGGUAACUCCAACAUCCUCUCAGGAGAAAUCCCAUUUACUUCAGGACCUGCUAUAAAUAGAGACCUGAAGCCAGGCAGAAGAAAGGCCAAAUUAGGUAACUACUUUACUUUACUUUUACCACCCUCUGGCCUCAGAAGCACCCCAUGUAUUCACAUGUUGCUCUUACAGAUAAGAGGGUCACACCUGUGCCACCAGCAGGACAGGCGCUCUCCACCACCUCCACCGUUGACCUCAGAGUUAGUGAAAGACUUGCCCGGGCUGACUCUACAAGAACGCUGCAGGAGAGAUGGACAGAAAGCAACAAAAAAAGCAGACUCCAGUUUACUUCCCACAGGUCUACAGAGAGCUGAAAGUGUUUCAUCACUUCACACCAAUCACAGACAUUCUCUGGAUUUGGAAACUCAUAAUUUCGAAACAAGGUCACAACAAUAUCUAGAAAGGGUGCCAUCAAAACGUCAUCACCAUGAGUGGCCUCAGACUAAAGAAGACGUUGACCAACAUGACUUUGUUCCAAUGGAAAAGCCUCAACAGACCUGUGAAGAAGACUGGUACGUUGGGGCUUGUACUCGAGCAGAUGCUGAACACGCCUUACACCUGGUGAACAAGGACGGGGCAUUUUUGGUACGAGACUGCUCCAUCAACACCAACAGUGAGCCCUUGGUGUUGGCUGUGUAUCACGAAAAGAAGGUUUACAAUGUAAAAAUCCGGUUCAUAGAGAGCACCGUCAAGUAUGCCCUGGGGACGGGACAACGAUCAAAUGAUAUGUUUGACUCUGUGGCAGACAUCAUCAAGUUUCACUCCAUAUUCCCAAUAAUACUCGUCAGUGGGAGAAAUACUCCCGGAAGCAAAUUCCCAGAAAACUGUGUGCUGACUUGUCCAGUUACGAAAAGGGAUGUUGACCAGCUGCUGCAAUAACACAUAAAAUAUAACAGCAAAGAUAAUCUGUUCCAUCCCAUCUGGUUCGUCACACUAAUAUGUAUGUUACCUACAGUAUGUGACCCAAAACAUCCAAUAACGUUAACCAUGAGCAUGUUCGGAAAAAGAUGAGUGUGUAUAAAUUGUGAAAGUGUUUGCUUGUGUCAAUAAAAAAAACUGUUCCAUCUAA